AUGGGUUCCGUCGCUCCUAAACUCUGCAAACUCCUUCGACUGCGCUCUGCAUCCACGCCCUGCACCAUGAUGGGUCUUCAAAGGACCUCAAAGGUCUUUUUCUCGACUGGUUCAUCAAUCUCGGGCGAUGACAAUGACCAUGUGGGAACUGGGCCUCAUCUGGAACUUGAUGAUGAUGAUUUUCUUCCUGAGAAGCCUGAGUUACAACUCCAAGGAGUCGACCCCAGAAAGGGCUGGAACUUUCGUGGUGUACACAGGGCUAUUUUAUGUGGAAGAGUUGGUCAAGCCCCUGUUCAGAAGAUCUUGAGAAAUGGGAAAACCGUGACGACAUUUACAGUAGGGACUGGAGGAAUGUCUGAUCAGAGGACUUUGGGUUCAAUUGACUUGCCAAAACCGGCUCAGUGGCAUCGGAUCGCGGUUCAUAACCCUAUGCUUGGAGCAUAUGCCGUUCAGCAGCUUGUGAAAAACUCAUCAGUUUAUGUUGAGGGAGACAUUGAGAUAAGAGUCUAUAAUGACAGCAUUAAUGGAGAAAUAAAAAGCAUACCCGAGAUUUGCGUGCGUCGUGAUGGAAGGGUUCGGCUUAUCAAGUCGGGUGAAAGUAUGAGCAAUUUCUCCAUUGACGAGCUACGUGAGGGAUUAUUGUGA